CCACAUCUGAAAUCUGAUUCUCCACUGUAAAAAUAAAAUCCUCUUAAGCUCUCGAUCGAUGGUUCUGCAAUCUCACAAACCAGAAACAAAGAGUCCAGGCUCUUGCAACCAACCGCGGAACUUGUUGAAAGGCGACGAGGAGAGAGAAUUUCAAAUCUCUCCAGAUCAAAGUGAAACACAAGUACAACAAGUAACCGACAAAGUGAAGCGCAAGUACUUGUUUCUUUCCUUUUCCUUUAAUAUUUGUUAAUUUGAGAAAAGUAAAAACCAUAAAAUAUAUAUAGUUUCUGUCCGAAUCGGCCUAUCUUCACAAAAUCUCGAUUCCAAUCAAGAAUUUAUGGCAAGAAAGGUCGAUCAAUCAAUCAGAUGAUUAUGGAUCUAGAGAUCUCUAAAUUUGUGUUGUUGUGAAUUGAGAAUGCGAGAGCAUUCGACGAUGUACAAUUACGCCCCCGAAGUGCCACCGCAAAGUAAAAGGAAGAAGACGAUGAAUGAGGCGUCUCCGUCGUGGUCUGGAUUACCGGAUUCUGUGGCUGUGAGUUGCAUGGCUCGCGUCUCGAGAUUGGACCAAACAGCCUUAUCUCUCGCUCCAAGAAAUACCGCUCUCUCGUAACAUCCCCUGAGCUCUGCAGCACGCGAUCGCUGAUUGGUUGCACUGAGCCAUCUUUCUUCGUCUGCUUGCGCAUCUUACCUGAUCCAACCCCUCGCUGGUUCGUCCUUACGGGUAGUCGUCGACUGAGGCCGGUCCCAUCGCACCCCUAUCAGGCUCCGGAAUCAUCUUCUUUUGUGGUAGUGAAUUGGGGGAUCUAUGUUAUGUAAUCGGUGGAAUCAUAAACGGCAAUCCCACUUCCGAUGUCUUGUUCCUCAACUGUUUUUCUCAGACAUGGCACCGCGUCCCGUCUAUGAAGAUGGCUCGUGCUUCCGCAUCGGCAAGCCUCAUAGACGGGAAGAUCUACGUUUUUGGAGGGUGCCCAGAGGACGCUGAUUCCUCAAACUGGGCGGAGGUAUUCGAUCCAGUUUACCAAACUUGGGGUAUAUUUAAUACGCCGAAGAUGGCCCAUAGUAUCAACCAAAGUGUGGUGAUAGAGGAGAAGAAGGUUUACGCCGUGGAUGAGGAGGACCAAAGCUUUAGCUUCUUGCCAAGUGAAGGUAGAAUCUGGAAAAGCGGAAAAAAAGAUUCUAAGGUAGGAAGUAGACACGAUUGGUGUGUCAUUGGGAAAUUACUAUACUGUCGUGCUACUCGCGGUAGAAUACUAUGGUGCCAACCAGAUGAGUUGGACUGGAAAGAGGUAAAAGGUUUGGAACAGCUACAAUUGUAUCUCUCUGGUACAAGAUACAUCUUCAGACGUACCUCUGAUAAACGACCGUCAAAGACCAACGUCAAAUAUGAUAUUAGAAAAAUCUCUAGUAACUCUGCUGGGAACAUUGUCAUCUUCGGGAACGCACAUAUUGGAGACCCUGAGUGUGUGGAGCUUUGGUCUGCCGAGAUUUCCAUGGAGAGGCGCGAGGGAGGUGAGAUUUGGGGGAAGAUUGAGUGGUCCAAUGUUGUCUUCAAACUUGAUCCUCUCUCAAACUCAUAUAGCGUUGAUGUCUUAUUUUCUGCUUCUGUCCAUUUGUGAUAUAUUCAUUCCAAUAUUUAUUUGUAUUGCAUAUUACUCAACGAAUCAGAUUGUGGGAUAUAAGCAUAUAGUAGGCAAUUAAUCAUUUAACAGUAACAACAUAACAGUUAGAGCCUCUUUCUUUUAAGAGGUAUGUGGUGG